AUGGUCAACCUAACUGCAACAGUUCAAGAGGCGGCAGCUCGAGAAAUUACGCGUAUUGAACGCAUAGGAGCCCACUCACAUAUUCGUGGUCUGGGAUUAAAUGAUGAUCUUGAAGCCCGACAGAUCUCUCAGGGUAUGGUUGGCCAAUGUAAGGCAAGAAGAGCAGCUGGUCUUAUACUGGGUAUGAUACGUGAGGGUAAAAUUGCUGGGCGUGCCAUACUUCUUGCUGGUCCACCUGGCACGGGCAAAACUGCAAUUGCUAUGGGUAUGGCUCAGGCACUUGGUCAUGACACACCAUUCACUGCAAUGGCUGGUAGUGAAAUAUUCUCAUUAGAAAUGAGCAAGACAGAAGCUCUCACUCAAGCGUUCAGAAAGUCAAUUGGCGUGCGAAUCAAAGAGGAAGCCGAAAUAAUUGAAGGAGAAGUUGUGGAAGUCUUAAUAGAUCGCCCAGCAACUGGAACAGGUGCAAAGAUAGGCAAACUAACUCUUAAGACAACCGAAAUGGAAACAGUUUACGAUCUAGGUCAAAAAAUGAUAGAUUCCCUAACAAAGGAAAAAGUUCAGGCUGGUGAUGUUAUUACUAUUGAUAAACCCUCUGGAAAAAUUACAAGACUAGGUCGAUCGUUUACUAGGGCUCGAGACUACGAUGCUACCGGUGGUCAAACCAAGUUUAUUCAGUGUCCCGAAGGUGAAUUGCAAAAACGAAAAGAAGUCGUUCAUACUGUUACAUUACAUGAAAUCGACGUAAUUAACAGCAGAACUCAAGGUUUCCUUGCCCUUUUUAGUGGAGAUACCGGUGAAAUAAAGUCGGAGGUGAGGGAUCAAAUUAACCACAAAGUAGCUGAAUGGCGGGAAGAAGGCAAGGCAGAAAUAGUUCCUGGUGUCCUGUUUAUUGACGAAGUGCACAUGUUGGAUAUUGAAUGCUUCUCAUUCCUUAAUCGAGCCCUUGAAUCUGAUAUGGCUCCUGUGUUAAUUGUGGCUACAAACAGAGGUAUCACAAGAAUUCGUGGUACUAAUUAUCAGAGUCCACACGGAAUACCUAUUGAUCUUCUUGAUCGUCUCCUCAUCAUUUCAACUGAUUCGUAUACAGACAAAGAAAUCCAAGCAAUUUUGAAAAUUCGUUGCGAAGAAGAGGAUGUUGAUAUUUCGGAAGACGCACUGGUCGUUCUUACCCGAAUCGGUAUGCAGACGUCCUUACGUUAUGCAAUCCAACUGAUAACCACUGCAAAUUUAGUGUGUCGAAAACGCAAGGGCUUAGAAGUCAGUAAAGAAGAUAUACGAAAGGUGUAUUCUUUGUUUAUGGAUGAGGCUCGCUCCACUCUUUUUCUCAAGGAAUAUCAGCAAGAAUUUAUGUUUAAUGAAAUAUCUGAAAUACAACCCUCCAUUUCAGGCGACAAACUUAAUGCGUGA